AUGCAACAGAAAUCCAAUGAAUUAGUUAAUGAAGCUACAUAUGAGGGCAUAGAACUGCCAGAGCAGAGAUCAAGGAAUUUUCAAGUCAUCAGUCCUCAUCUAGAAGAUAAAGAACAGAGAAAACUAAAGCUUAAACUGGAACUCCAAGAAAAAGCAACAGAAGCUCAAAUUGCUGAAAAAACAGCAGCUCUGGUUGAAGAGGUGUAUUCGCAGAGGGAACGUGAUGAAGCUAUUAUGUCUCGACUGCAGUUAGCCAAUGAGGAGAGAGAUGAAGCAAUUGCAGGAGCCAAGCAUAUGGAAAUAUCUCUAAAACUGCUAGAAAAUAUUAACCCUGAAGAAAAUGACAUGACAUUACAGGAAUUACUGAACAGAAUAAACAGUGCAGACACAGGGAUAGCUAUUCAGAAGAAUGGAGCUAUAACUGUGGAUAGAAUCUACAAGACCAAGGAAUGUAAAAAGAGAAUAACUGCAGAAGAAAUGAAUGCAGUGAUUGAAGAACGGGAUGCUGCUUUGUCUCAGGUGGAAGUUUUUCUCCCUUUGGACUAA